AUGUACAUCACCCUCUACUACAUAGUCACCCAGCUCCCUGACUCCCUUCGCCUAGUCAGGGACCACUUCCUCUCAGUUUGCCCCACCACACUCACCGUAGACCUCCUCGAGGAGCACCUCCUAGCAACAGAGAAGAGCAUAGUCGCUGCAGGAGCCUCUCGUGGUGACCCUCGCACCCCAGUCUUUGAGGGGUGUUCCCCCUCCCCCCUCUUGCCCUAUGUUGCUUCUGCUGCUGCUGCCGACCUCGUUGGUUUCUACAGGGUCGGCGCUGCGUCUGCCCCUAGCGGGAGACGCCGCACCGGCAAGGGCAAGGAGGGCAAGGGCGCUGGAGGGGCUGGCGGGGGCGGUGGAGGUGGUGGUGGAGGCAGUGGAGGGGGUGGGGGUGGUGGUGGGAGUGGUGGCGGGGGUGGAGGUGUCGGUGGCAGCAGUGGAGGCGGAGGAGGCGGCGGCGGUGGCCGAGGGAGCGGAGGCGGCGGAGGUGGCGGAGGCGGCGUAGGUGGCGGAGGCGGCGGAGGUGGCGGAGGCGGCGGCGGCAGCGGUGGAGCUGGUCGCGGCUCUGCGCAGAGGAGUGGGUCCGCGCCAGCAGCAGCAGCGCAAUCGGCGGGUGUUGCUAUCUUUGAUCUUGAUUAUGAUGCUAUUCUUGCUGCCAUGUAUGCUGUGUCUGAUUGUGAUGAGGUUGACUGUUACCUGUGUGUUCCGCCUGACCCGGGCAUUGAGGCUGCUGCUCUAGGUGCUGGUGAGGCUGCUGCUCUAGGUGCUAGUGCGUCUGCUGCCCCAGGUACUGGUGCGUCUACUCUCUCAGGUACCACGUCGGCUAAGGCCUUACACACCUUCACCCUUGACUCGGGUGCUUCCCGCUCCUUCUUUCGAGACCGCACCACGCUUACGCCGCUUAGUCGGCCGGUUGCGGUCUCCCUGAUGGACCUCUCUAGGGGUCCUGUCCUUGCUCGCUUCUCCACUGUCUUACCGUGCCCGGCAGCCCCCUCUGGCACCCUGUCCGGUCUCUAA